UUUGCCCAAUGCGGGCACACUGGCGAGUAUCUGUGUGCGUGUGUAUUCAUCAGCCAUCGCGAAGAAAAUAAACAAUUGCCACAAAAUAAUUUGGACUCCUGGCCCUUCCCAUCACUGCAAAUUAUGUCCGCCUAUUACAGCCUGUACACGGGAGACAAUUACGACGACGAGUCGAUCGGGGACGAGCGCAGCGAGGAAGACACGGACGAUGCCAGCGAGACGGAGUUCCGCAGCCCCAACCGUUAUGGCGGCACCAAUGGCACCGCCAACAGCAACAACAUAGGCAGCAACAGCGAACUAAAGGAGCAAAUGUAUCAGCACAAAUUGCUCAAUCUGCAGAAACAGAUGGAGGAAUUGAACCAGCUUGUGCAUCCAGAGUACAUAAAGCGUGUGAAGAAGCUGGACAAUCAGCUGAAGGAGCGGCGGCGCCUUAACGAGAUCUACAAGGAUUACAUGCGUGACUGCGUCGAGCGGGACUAUGUGCUAGAGAAGAAGGCCGCCCAGAAGGAGUACGACGAGAAGAUGAUGGACCUGAAGGACAACCUUAUCUCGGACUUUGAGGACCGCAAGCGACAGAUCGAGAACGAGCGCUACAGCCUGGAGCUAACCAACGAUUCCAUGGAAAUCAAGACAACAGUGACGCGCAAGCUGCGACGGCGACCCAACGAGCCGCUGCCGGUUAUCGAAAAGCGUCGCAAGCCUGCCACCGGCCAGCUUCUCGUCUACCAGCUGGACGACAAGGAGAUCGAGUCAGAUCUCAAGAUUAUUCAGCGCGGCAAACCCCUGGCGCCCAAUGCCCUGCAACAGAACGGCCUUGGCUCGUACGGUGGCGUUCAGCAGCAGCAACAGAUGCACAGUUUGCUGGCCGAUUCGCCGGCCCACAAUAGCUAUGUAGAAACGCGCAUCGAGGACAACAAGCUGCUGUACGAGAGGCGAUGGUUCUGUCGGGGCCAGCAGGUUUAUGUUGAAGGCAAGGAUCUGAGCAAGUUUGCCGCCACCAUUACGGCCAUCGGCAACGAAGUGGUCUGGGUGAAGCGCACCAACGAGAGCAAGGUUAAGAUCAACAUGUCCCAUUUGGCCAAGGGGAAAAUAUCGAUUAAGCGUCGAUAGCUGCGUCAGCGGGCCGGGCGCAUUCAUCUCACUCCUGGCCCUGGCUCGUCGUUGGCACGGCCAAGAGACCUUCGGAGCGUCGCCGGCCAUCGGUCCUCUCAAGAUCCCGGGUCCGAGAAAGUAUUUUCGUGAAUAUAGUAAUAGUGACAUCGUAGACGGAGCCUUAGCUUAGGUGUACAUUUUAAUUAAGGGAGGAAGACUCAUUCUGGAGGCCCACAAACCCAAUCUUCGUGCAAAUAAUUAAUAUUGAUCCUAGCACAAUUAUGUGUUUUAACUAGUACACAAAUUUAUUUGUAUUUAUUAUGUUUUAACUCCUAAAUGACUCUCCUCCCUUUAAGGGACACAAUUGUAAAUAAAA